AGCCAACCCGCCUGGUCAGGCAGCUCACCCGUCAAACACCGUUGCUGCACAAACGGAUUUAUCGCGCCCGACAUGUAACCGUCGGUCGCACGAACAUGGUGCUAAUUAUCAUAUAUGCGCAGGUGUUGUUGAUGUGCGCACGCGGCGCCCAACCAAAAAUCGUAUACUCCAGACCGCCACGCAACGACACCGACAUGAAGGUUCAGACAGCGGAGGCGGACGACGACGAGACGACUAAGGCGAAUACCACGACCACUGCGGCGCUGGCUACCUUGGCGUCGACAGGCCGCCGGUACGCAGACAGCAGUAAAAGCAUGUCGUCCAGGGCCAACAAUUACUACGGCGUGCAAUAUUAUGCGCCACCCGUCGUCCAUGGCACCGCCGCCGACGCCUUCACUCGCCAACUGCACAUGCACUUACAGCAGCAACAGCAGCAGCAGAACCACCACCAGCGGCACGCGCUGCAGCAACCCGCAGCCGUGGCGGCGGCGGCGGCGGCGGCGUACCAUCAACGCGGCGGCGACCGUCCGCCGUGGGAACAGACUGCCACAGUGGUACACGCUGACGGCGGACCUAUACUGAUGAACCCGUUGCAACUGCAGCCGACGGCCUACGACGACCCGUCCACGGUCCGGUAUGCGCCCCCCAAACCACACAGGGCUCAGCCCGUGGCCAGGAUCGUCAAGUACGGGGAACCGGCGGCGGCCGCGGUGGCGUACCAGCUCCCGUACCUGGCGGCAGAGGCGGACGACCGUGCGCUGUUGGACAACCUGCCGGCGCUCCAGUUCGCGCUCCAGCACGCCACUGGCAAGACGCCGCUGCAGCCACUGGUGUCGACGUCCGGUCACCAGCAGUACGCGGCCCUCCAGCAACCACCCAACCACCAUUACCGUCACCACCCGGUCAAACAGACACCAGCUACCGCCAUGCAUCAGGUCUAUCCACCACCACACCAUCACCUUCAUCGCCAUCACCAGAGGCUGCUGCAGCCGUAUCCCAGUCACCAAGCCCACCUGCAGCACCGGUACGCACCUUAUGGUGCAGCGCAACCGGCCACCCGGUACACUCAAGUACCGUUCCUGUACAACCUGCCGGCACCACCAACCGCUCAGCGACACCUUUUGGCACCCACCGAGUAUGAUCUGGUGACCCGGUUCAACAGACUGCUCAAGCAGCGAGAGAGAGACGAUCGACACCGAGCCCAGGAAUCGGUACGGCGCCGGCGACCGGACGACGGUGACGUUAGCGGUGGUGCAGUCGUCGUCGACGAUAUCGAAGAUGGAGAGGAAGAGGAGACAGCCACCCAGCCGGCGGUCAAGGCGAAAAAGGCCAAGAAGAAGAGAAAGAAGAAACCGGCAAAGGCAACCACCCCUGCACCGCCAGCGCCAGUCGAAGAAGAACUCGACGAGGAAGACAGCGACAGACGACCGCCGCCGCCGUCUCGACGACACAAGCAACUCGUGCGGCAGGACGACGAACGGGCCGACGAUGAACAGUCCAACACCGAGGAACAGGAAUCACAAAACGUGCACACUAGCGAAAAGUUGCCCGAAGGCACUAUCGUUCAGGAAACCGAAGACGAACUGCAACAGACGUUGGAUGAACCGUCUCAACUCAGCGAACAGUUUGGUGGUGACUUAACAUUCGAAGACGGCGGCGGCGAACGGGUAGAGUUCCAGUUGCACGGCAUCGGAGGUCCUGAAUCGUACAAAUUUGGAUUCGACACUGGCAAAGGGUCCAACAGACAGUUCAGGUAUGAGGAAAGGGACAACGGAGGAAACGUCCACGGCCAUUACGGAUACCUGGACAACGACGGAAAAAUGCAAGUGUACAACUACAGUUCACAUCCAGAACUUGGGUAUCGCGCACAAAAGGCCGAAACCUUGGAAGUGUGACAACAGUUGUAGACCAAUAUAAUACUGUGAUUAUUAUAAUGAAGUAUAAUAAUAAUGUAAUUGUUAAUAAAUUGUUUAUAAAUUAAUAUUGUAAGUAUCAUAGUGCGUAAAAUACCAAUUAUAUAUAGUAUUGUGUAUGAUAUAAUAUUACAGACUAAGUUUGUUGUCCUUGUAAUAUGUGCCUAUCAA